CUUUUAGCAUAGCAAAUAUGGCGGAGUCCUCCUUUGGGAGUUCGAGCCCAGCAGGAGAUUCGGCUGGCUCAGACGACCAUGAGUUUGACCCAUCUGUAGAGAUGCUCAUUCACGAUUAUGACGAUGAACGAACCCUAGAGGAAGAGGAGAUGCUUGAGGGAGAAACUAACUUUAGCACAGAGAUUGAUGAUCUUGCUCGAGAGGGUGAAAUGCCCAUUCAGGAGCUGUUGAGUAUGUAUGGCUAUGGUGGUGGGGGGUCCCCUGAGGAGGAAGAGGAUGAGGAUGAUAAUGAGGUUGAGGAGGAUGAUGAAGAGGAGGAGGAGUAUGUGGAAGAUGUGGAAAACGAUGAGAACAGUGGCAGCACCGGUGAACUGAAAGGGACAAUGGACGAGAGAGUGAAGGAUUCCUCCGGGCAGGAGGAUGAGACUCAGUCGUCCAAUGAUGACCAGACUCCAUUUGUCACCUCUCAUGACACCGCGGAGCUGAUCCGCCCGCGGCGGUGCAAGUACUUUGAAAGUAACGAUGCUGAGGAGGAAUCUGAGGAGGAUGAGGAUUAUAUUCCGUCCGAGGAUUGGAAAAAGGAGAUCAUGGUGGGUUCUAUGUACCAGGCGGAAACUCCGUCUGGGCUUUGCAGGUAUAAAGAAAAUGAAAAAGUGUAUGAAAAUGAUGAUCAGUUAUUAUGGAAUCCAGAGUUACUUCCUGAAAAUGAAGUGGUGGAGUUUUUGGCUGAGGCUUCAAAACGUACUGGUGAGGAAAAGGGAGUGGAUGCCAUUCCAGAGGGUUCCCAUAUCAAAGACAAUGAGCAGGCCCUUUAUGAAUUGGUCAAGUGCAAUUUUGAUACUGAUGAAGCUUUAAGGAGACUGAGGUUUAAUGUAAAAGCAGCCAGAGAAGAACUGUCAGUUUGGACAGAAGAAGAAUGUAGAAAUUUUGAACAAGGACUAAAAGCUUAUGGAAAGGAUUUUCAUUUAAUACAAGCAAACAAGGUGAGAACUAGAUCAGUAGGAGAAUGUGUGGCCUUUUAUUACAUGUGGAAGAAAUCUGAGCGUUAUGAUUUCUUUGCACAGCAAACCAGACUUGGGAAAAGGAAAUACAAUCUUCACCCAGGUGUUACGGAUUAUAUGGACCGGUUGUUGGAUGAGACAGAGAGUGCUGCCUCUAGUCGGGCGGCCUCUCCUCCUCCCACCACCUCCAACAGCAGCACUAGUCACUCUGAGAAAGAUGACAGCAGCAACCAGAACGGUGUAGUAGGUCACGGCACCAGUGAAUCCUUGUCUGGUGCGAACGACAUGAAGAGCGAAGGGAUUCAGACAAACGGGCCCCUCCACGCCCAGGAGGGCCCGGCCACGGACAAGGACACUAACGGCUGUACCAGCGCUGACGCCCUGAGCGACAGCAAAAGGGACUCUGAGGAGCUGGAACACAGCGGCAAGCAGGAGGAGGCCGGCUGCGAAAGGCCCCUGAAGAGGCGCAGGACGGAGAAUGACUCUGUGGGAGAAGCAGACCCCCCCAGCGGCAGCAGCACACGCAGAGCUGAGGACGAGUGACACCCUUCCCCCCCCCCCCCCUCCCCCAACCCAUCC